GGAGCUGGUCAUGGCCAUGAAGGUGAUGGCAGAGUCUGAGGGCCAGGACUGCCACAUCCAAAACACCACUCUCUGCUUCAAUACCUCAAGCACCUUCGCAAGCAAAGCCACCAUGGAGGAAGUCAAUAGCACAACCUUCUGCAGGAGCUGUGUCCCAGCCAAUUUCAGUGCCUACUACGUGCCCCUGGUGGUGUCCAAGAACAGCAUCCUGUACGUGUCCCGCAAUGCUUCUGACCACCUCAACUGCCACCAUGGCACCUGCCAGGUCAUGCACCAGGGCCCACAGUGCUUGUGCAUAUCCAGCCAUCAGUGAACAUCAGCAAGCUGUGAGCCUAGCCCGGGCACAGCCCCCACAGUGGGAGCCAUAGCUCCAGAUGCCCCC